CCCCACCACCACCACCAUACGCAGCCAUAAGCUUCAAAAUCAAGACACCUCUUCAUAAAAAAAAAAAAAAAUUUAAAAAAAUAUUCCCACCAAACAAGGCUCUACAAAAUUGGUUUGAGUCUUGGCAGGGCUCACAUCAUCCUCUGGUAGCGAUGGAGAGGCGGUGGAGAGUAUCAAAAUGGGCCUUCAUUUUUGCAAGCUUGAUGAGUUACAUGGUCUCAGAUGGGGCGGCAGAAGAGGGCGGUGACGGUGACGGAAGGAAAGGCCUCUGCAGCACUGAUCUCACCACAUUUCUCCCUUUCCCUUACAGCAACCUACCAAACAUGGUCUGCCAGCCACUAUGGAACUCAUAUUUGUUAAGGUAUUCCAAGUCGAAGGACAACGAGAUCACGAUCGUGCUAUCGACCAUCUACACGAGCGGAUGGGUGGGGAUGGGGUUCUCGCGAGACGGGAAGAUGCUGAACUCGAGCUGCAUGGUGGGAUGGGUGAAUCAAGAGGGAGAAGGUAGGAUAAAAGAGUUCCACAUAAAAGGGUUCACCCCGGGCGAGAUCAAGGCGGACCGGGGCGAACUCCCCCUGACAAACGUGCCGCCGUACGUGGCCGUGCAGGGGGCAACCAUAUACCUAUCCUUCCAGCUCAAGUUCAACACCACCCUGAAAACGCAGCCGCUGCUGCUGGCUUUCAGCACCAAAGCACCGCACCACCACCGCCUCACGGUGCACGAAGACAAGACAACCAUCUACUUGGAUUUCUCAGCUGGUACAGCGGACGGCGGUGCUGAGUCGUAUUCGUCUCAAGACAGGAGGACUCACGGGACGCUGGCGGUGCUGGGGUGGGGAUUCUUGCUUCCCACGGGGGCUAUUCUGGCGAGAUAUCUGAGGCGGAAGGAUAAAGUGUGGUAUUACUUUCACGUGCCGAUUCAGUUCAUUGGCUUCUUGCUGGGAGUUGCGGCGGUGAUUGUUGGAGUGUCGCUUUACAGCAAGAUGCAUGUUUUCUUCCCUGCACACAGGGGGAUUGGGAUUUUCCUUCUUCUCAUCACCAUUCUACAGGUGCUUGCUUUCUUCACGCGUCCGAGCUCCGACAGCAAGUACCGGCGAUACUGGAAUUGGUACCACAACUGGGUCGGCAGGAUUUGCCUCUUCUUCGGAGCGGUUAAUAUUCUUCUGGGAAUCCACAUCGCUGAUGCAGCCCAAGCUUGGAAGAUUGGAUAUGGAUUUCUGCUUGGUUUUCUAUUGGUUACUGUCAUUGUUCUCGAAGCAUUGCUCAGGCUUAGACGAUCGGCUGAGGCAGAUAAGCAGCAUCCCCCAUUUUCAAUCAAUUCUAUCGACCGCGAAAUAUCACUCUAAAUGUAAACCUAAUUUAGCUAUGAAUUUCAAAUGGGGUAAUUUUGAUUUCAUUAAUAGUACUACUAUUAUAUUGUUUUGUUUGGACUGGAAUUAAUGAAGUGUGUACAUACAAAUGAAAGAGGUCUUGACAUGCAAGGCUCGAUUUGAAGUUUUGUA